CUUACUCAGUCGAGUUCAAACUCCCACUCAUACAUUCAAAAUUCAGCUUUCUAGAUAGAAGCAAGUGCAUAGCCGUAUUUUCCUUGGGAUUUUGAUUUUGAUUUUGGGUAGUUAAGAUGCCACGUGAGCGAUCCAAUAGCCGAUCCAAUGCGUCGAUGCGUCGCCAACCUAGUCGCAGCAGCACCAGCAGCAGCACUAGCAGCAUUUUUGCCACGAAGUCGUCCCGAGGCAGCAGCAAGGACUUGCCGGCAGUGCAACAGCCCAAGAAGGAAACCACUCCGGCUCCAGCUCCUCCAAAGGCGGCGGCGGCGGCUCCUCCGCAGGCAGCAGCUCCUCCUGCCGCGGACUCCAAGGGGCGCAGCACCGGGGACAUGUUCAAGGACAUGGCCACUACGGCGGCGGGCGUGGCCGCGGGAUCGGCGGUGGGUCAUGCAGUGGGCGCUGGCAUUACUGGCAUGUUUAGUGGGCGGAGCCAGGCACAGGCUCCGGCCUCACAGGCGGAGGGUGGGGCACCGACAGCCAAACGCAGUGAACUGGUGGAAGAUGGUCCUUGCGCCUUCGAGCUCAGACAGUUCCUCAAGUGCACGGAGGAGAACAGUGACAUUUCCGUUUGCAAGGAUUUCAACGAGGCUAUGCAGCAGUGCCGACGGCGCUACAAUGUCUGAGCCUUCAGGUUCUAACUUGCGACGAUCCAUAAUCAAAAUUAUGAAAGUACGAUUAUAACACAUUGCUCAGAUAUGGUUUAAGAAGAUUGGUUGGAAAUUAUGACAGAGAUUGGUUAGAAAUAGGUGUAGAAUUCAA